AUGAAAUACAUAUAUUUACUACUUAUAUCCAUUAUAUUAUCAUUAUUUAUAACAUUUAUUAAAUCUGAUAAUGAUUAUAAUAAUGAUAAUCAGAAUAAAUAUUCAUAUCAUCACAAUCAUAAAAGAAACUAUCAAUCUAAGAAUGUCAACAGUAAAUCAAAACAAUAUUCAUAUAACAAAGAAAAAAGGAAUAGUAAUGAUGAAAAUCAUGAAAGAAAUAAAAAAUCUAUUCGUCCUAGAGAUCAUAAUUAUGCAUAUCGGAAUAAUCAUAUAAAAUCUCGUGGAAAUAGUGCAAAAGGUGGCAGUUAUUCAGAAAGUACAUACUUCACAUUACAUACUGGAACAGAUAGAUAUGGUCGACGAAAUUAUUAUUCACGAUUCCAAACACGUGGACGAUCAAAUGGUUAUCGUGAAAAUAUGUUUUUUAAUAUUUUUGAUGUAAACGGUGGUCUUAAAAUGACACGGAGUAAAAAUUACUUGACACAAUCUGAAAAAAGAGAUAGUUAUAUAAAAAAGAAUUAUAUUAA